AUGUCGGUAAUGCUAACGAAGUUUGAGUCCAAAAGCAAUCGGGUGAAAGGACUUGCGUUUCAUCCUACCCAGCCGUUGCUCGCCGCAUCCCUGCACAAUGGAAGUAUACAGCUGUGGAACUAUCGAAUGGGAGUAUUAGUUGACAGAUUUGAGGAGCAUGAAGGGCCUGUUCGCGCUGUUGCAAUCCACCCAAGUCGCGCGUUACUCGCAAGUGGUGGAGAUGACUACAAAAUCAAAGUUUGGGAUAUCCGGCCCCAAAAUCGCCGUUGCCUCUUCACAUUGCACGGACAUCUUGAUUAUGUCCGCACGGUCCAAUUUCACCACGAGAUGCCCUGGAUACUUUCAUGCUCGGACGAUCAAACGAUUCGGAUCUGGAACAGCACAUCGCGGAAUUGUAUUGCAAUCCUCACUGGGCAUUCGCAUUACGUUAUGUCAGCGCAGUUCCACCCGAAAGAAGAUCUAGUCGUGUCUGCAUCCCAGGACCAGACAGUGCGAGUGUGGGACAUCUCGGGACUCCGUAAGAAUACGCCAAACACGGCCCCGGGCACCUUCGACACAUUCGACACAUUUUCGACGGUGAAGUAUGUCCUCGAGGGUCAUGAUCGUGGGGUCAAUUAUGCGACCUUCCACCCUACUCUCCCGUUGAUUGUCUCUGCGGGCGAUGAUCGGCAAGUCAAAAUUUGGCGCAUGAGCGACACAAAGGCAUGGGAGGUGGAUGCUUGCAGAGGUCAUUUCAACAACGUUUCUGUCGCUGUCUUUCAUUCCAAACAUGAACUGAUCGUCUCGUGUGGUGAGGACAAGACUGUGCGUGUCUGGGACCUGACGAAGCGCUCGGCGGUGCAGACCUUCCGGAGGGAAAACGAUCGAUUCUGGACGCUCGCUGCACAUCCCGAAUUGAACCUUUUUGCGGCUGGACACGACAGCGGGCUGAUCGUUUUUAAGCUGGAGCGCGAGCGUCCUGCGUUUUCUGUGCAUGGCGACACCGUUUUCUACGUUAGGGACAAGUAUGUGCGGUCAUACGACAUCAAUAGCGGAUCGGAUAUUGGCCUUCUUAGUGUGCGCAAAUUUGGCAGCCCAUAUGUCCCGCCCAGGACGCUCAGCUACAACCCUGCUGAACGUGCGGUUGUGCUGACUAUUUCAUCGGACAACGGCCUAUUCGAGCUUACCGCGCUGCCUAAAGACACUGUUGGUGAAGUGAAGGAUUCAUCUACAGACGGAAAGAGGGGCAGCGGACAUGCCGCUAUCUUCGUGGCUAGAAAUCGGUUUGCUAUAUUGAACAAGACAACUCAGAUAUGGGGAAUUCAGCUUAUCGAGGUUCGCGACCUCUCCAACUCGAUAUUGAAGACAAUUAAGGCACCCACACAAACCAACGAAAUCUUCUACGGAGGAACAGCAAGUCUCAUUCUCAGCUCCGCCACUUCGGUCAUACUGUAUGAUAUUCAACAGCAAAAGACUAUCGCCGAGAUCACUACACCUCCUGUCAAGUAUGUUGUUUGGAGCACCGACGGGUCUCUAGUAGCUUUGUUAAGCAAGCAUACGAUCACGAUCGCCAACAAAAACUUCUCCCAGCACACCUUGAUUCAUGAAACUAUUCGCAUCAAAUCGGGUGCCUGGGACGACUCAGGCGUCUUUAUCUACUCGACCCUCAAUCACAUCAAGUACUGUCUGGCACAGGGUGACCAUGGUGUCAUCUGUACUCUUGACAAUCCCGUAUACCUCACCCGCGUGAAGGGGAAAACUGUACACUGUCUAGACCGUUCCGCUCGUCCACGCACCAUUACGAUUGAUCCAACUGAAUACCGUUUCAAAGUCGCCUUAUUACGCAACAAUCACGAGGAAAUGCUGUAUAUUAUUCGCACCUCUAAUCUUCUGGGACAGAGCAUAAUUGCAUACUUGCAACAAAAAGGUUUCCCUGAGAUUGCACUCCAUUUUGUCCAAGACAAAAGUACACGCUUCGAUUUGGCCAUUGAGUGUGGUAAUUUAGACGUUGCGUUUGAGAUGGCUCGCGCCAUUGACCGGCCUGAUUGCUGGGAGCGCCUCGCUCAACAAGCCUUGAAGCAAGGAAAUCACAAGAUCGUAGAGAAGGCAUACCAACAAACCAAGAACUUCGAUCGCCUGUCAUUCUUAUAUCUCGCCACCGGAAGCUCGGAUAAGCUCUCAAAGAUGCAGAAGAUUGCCGACGCAAGAGGAGAUCCAAUGUCACGGUUCCACAACGCCUUAUACGCCGGUGACGUGAUGGGCAGAAUUGCUGUGUUGAGGGAUGUCGGCCUUCAUCCUCUGGCGUAUCUAACAGCCAAGACGAACGGGUUGGAUGAUGUUGCCUCGCAGAUCCUUGAAGCUGCUGGCUUGACUGACGCUGAUGUCGAUGAUGUACCGUCGUUCGAGAGGUCGACUCUCAAGCCUCCCCCUGUUGUAACGCUGACCGAGAACAUCGUCUGGCCUACAUUGUCAACUGGAGAAAGCUUCUUCGAUCGCGCCCUCGCCAAUGGUCAUUUGGAGAGUGGCACGGAGGUACCAUAUGUAAAUGGCUUUGAUAGCGCUGGAGCUGCUAUGUCGUCGGCGUUGGACGAAUGGGCGCGAGAAGAGGAGGCUCAGGAGGAUGUCGAGAUUGAAGAGGGCGCGUGGGAUCUUGAUGCUGAAGCUGACGAGUCUGAGGUCGAAAUCGAGAAUGAAGUGGGGGUGCCAGAAGAAGACGAGGAGCUGGGUGCUGGUGCGGCUCCUGGUAUCAGUGAGACAGAAUUGUGGGCACGCAACUCACCCUUCGCCUGUGACCAUGUCGCUGCAGGAUCAUUCGAGACAGCCAUGCAGCUUUUAAACCGCCAGUUCGGCGUUGUCAAUUUCACCCUUCUCAAGCCACUCUUCCUCGCGAUCUAUCGUUCUUCUCACGCGUACUUGUCGCCGCUUGCUUCGCUUCCCCCAUUACAACUUCACCUCAGACGCAACCCAGAGGAGUCGUCUUCCAGUCGUGUGCUACCCGUCUCAGUGCAAACGCUGCAAUCGACUCGACAGGGGCUCACAGAAGGUUUCCGAUACCUAUCUGGUGCAAAGUUGCCUGAAGCGCAAACUGCAUUCCGUUCUAUAUUGCGAGAGCUUUUGUUGGUCUCCGUCAUAUCAGACGAUGAGGCAAAACAGUGGCGAGACAUGGUCACCCUGGCGAGAGAAUAUCUUCUUGGUGUUACUUUAGAGAUUGAGCGUCGACGCGUGACCCGCGAUGAGCCUGACAAUGUCCGCCGUAGCCUUGAACUUGCGGCAUACUUCACACAUUGUCAGCUACAGCCAACACAUUUACAGAUCGCCCUCCGCAGCGCUAUUGGUGUAUUCGCAAAGGCUAAUAACCAUGUAACAGCCGCAAGGUUCGCGAGACGAUUGUUAGAGCUGAAUCCCGAUCCCAAAAUUGUUGCACAGGCUCGGCAACGCAUUGCAGCAGGUGAUCGAAAUCCGCGAAACGCGGUGGAAAUUUCGUACGACGAGUUCACGGAAUUCGAGAUCUGUGGCGCUAGCUUUACGCCCAUAUACAAAGGGUCGCCGAGCGAGCGCUGUCCAUACACAAACGCGGCAUAUCUACCGGAAUUCUCGGGACGACUGGAUCCUCUCACGGAGCUCACUGUGAUUGGCGCGGCGUCAGCUGGUCUUCCUGCACCUCGAUCAUAG